AUGCUUUCCUUUUCAUCUCUUCACCACACGAAUAUUUUUUUGAAAAAUUUAAAGUCAAUUACUUGUAAAGUAUUUCUGUUUAAUCGUCCAUUCUGUAUUUCUUGUAAACAUUUAGCCAGUAAAUCUGGCGAUAAAAUACCUGAGGACGAAAUAAAAAUAGAUUUAAAAGAAAUUAGUAGAAAAGUAGCUAAAGAAUUUGAAUAUGCCAAAGAAGGGAAAGAAACUGAAUUGGACAAAAAUUUUAUGAAUUUUAGUGUUCAGGCGACGAAACAACAAUAUGAAGGCCCUUUUCGUUUAAUAUUUUCGUGGAAAUAUGUUGGAGUUAUUUUUACUUUACUUGGUUCUUUGCUGGUUGUUUUGUACUUUAUUUGGCAGAAGAAAGUUGAUGAGAGGGAAAGAAGCCGUAAAAUGAUGAUUGGACGUGCAAGGAUUGGUGGUGAAUGGGAAUUGACUAAUAUGGAAGGAAAAUUGGAAGGAAGUAAAGAUUUACUUGGAAAAUGGCUACUUAUUUAUUUUGGCUUUACAAAUUGCCCUGACAUUUGUCCCGUUGAAAUUGAGAAAUUAGUUGAUGUUAUUGAUAUUCUUGAUAGAGAAGACGCAAAAGUCGAUAUUCUUCCAAUAUUUAUUUCUGUCGAUCCAGAACGUGAUACAAUUGAACGUGUUCGUCGUUAUUGUGCUGAAUUUUCCCCAAAACUCCGAGGGUAUACAGGAACUAAAGAACAGGUUGGCAAAGUGGCAAAAGCUUUUCGCAUUUAUCAUAGUGAAGGUCCUCGCACUAAAGGGUUAAAGAAAACAGAUCCUGAUGAUUAUAUUGUAGACCACACAGUUAUUUGUUAUUUAAUUGACCCAGAUGGCCAAUUCCACGAUUAUUAUGGCCAAAAUCGAAGAGCCCGUGAAAUUGCACAAGUUAUUAAAAUGAAAGCACUUCAAUGGGAUAUGAAACAUGGAAAAUCUGGCAAAUCUUGGAUUGAUAAAUUAUCUUCUAUGAUUUCGAAUGACACGAAGGAGGUUGAUCAAAAAACGACAAAUUUGGAGAAUUCCAAACAAAAUACAACUGUUGCUGUUGCAUAG